AUGAUUGUCACAAGCGAAAUUCAAAGAACUGAAGUAGGACCCGAACAAGUUAAGGCAUCAUCUUUUCAAAACUCUCAGUAUGUAAAGGCACCAGGAGUUUUUAUCACAUCAACGGCUGAACCUUCAAUACCAAUACUCCGAUUAUCUAAUGAAAUGGAUUUAGACGGAAGUUUUAGCUAUGAAGCCUUAGGAGCAGAUCAAACCCAUUACGUGCAACACAGUCGCAUGGAAAAUAUGGGUACUGACAAAGAAGAACAAGUAGUUGAGGGCUCGUAUUCUUAUGUCGGCGAUGACGGACGCACAUACACAGUUCACUAUGUCGCCGAUUCUAAUGGAUAUCGAGCAACUGGUGAUCAUUUGCCUGUGCCGCCGCCAGUACCAGAAAUAAUACAAAGGGCGGUUCAGUACAACUUGGCAGAAGAAGCCAAAAAACCACCUCAUUUAAAAUCAUCCUGGGAAAAUGAAGAUAAUGAAUUCGAAAACCGUGAAGAAAGCAGGAAUAGAGUUUUUAAUAUCCCCCCACCUCGUAACUUGUUUACAGGUAAAACUCCUGAAGCUUUUUCAUUUGGAUUUUCUCAAGGAACAAACUCACAAAAUAAUUUAUUUACUGCAUCUAGCUAUCAAGUUCCUGCUAAAUCAAGUUUUGAUAUAAUCAUUGAUCAGUCUAAGCCGAAACAGAGCGCAACACCAAUUUCACCGCAAAUAACUUUUUUGGCAUCUCAAGGAGCUCGUAACCCGUCACAACAACCCCAACCAACUCCAACAAAAACAAUUAAUUCAGAGAAGUCAUCCUUACCAUUACUGAUGAACUACGAAGCAGACAUUAAGGAACCGGAACAAGAUGCAAAUAAAGGACUGUGGAGAUGGCAAUAUGGCUUAAAUGCAAAUACAAACCAAACACCAAAUAAAAAUUCGAUAUCUCGGUCAUUUAGCGAAGGCGAUGAUAUAGUUAUUAAUUUUCAUGAAAUGACACCUGAUCAAUACACAAAAAUGAUACAAACACAAGUAUUUACACAAAACGUGGAUGACCCUAACAAAAUUGAGAAAUAUAAUGAGGUACAAUCAUCGACACCGUUCGAUAUAAAAAUAGAAACAUACAGCACCAAUAAUAAAAACAACCCCCAACAGUAUACAGAGACUGAAAAACAUCAGUCUUUUACGUCUACUGAAACUAAUAAUUUAUAUUCAGAAGAUACUAAUGAACGAAAAUAUAUAGAUUCCUAUUCUACAAUAAUAAGCAGUCGUAACUUUAUUCCACAAAAUCAAAUAGCUAUGCAAUCGUAUAACGUAGAAGUUACGAAACAGGAAUCAACACAAAUAAAUGCUGUUGAAGAAAAUACAACAGAAAACUUGAGUAAAGUAAAUAAUGUUGAAUAUUCAAAUAAUAAAUUUUAUUUAUCUGAUAAUAUUCAAACAGAAACUGCAUCUACAAGUCCAUUUCAUUAUACUUUUAAAGAAAUUGAACAAUCUGAAUCAAAUAAUUAUGAAAAUAAUGGUUUUAAACCAGUAUCAUACAACAGUGUUAAUGAAAUACCUAAAUAUGAAACCACAACUAAAAAACCAUCGAUUAAAGAUGCUAUUAAAGAUAAUAUAUUUUUAAGAAACUUAUUGAAAUCGGAAAACAGUAAAGAAAAAUCGAAUAAAAUAAAUAUUGAGGAUAAAAACAAACAAACAAAUAUUACAUUACAAGCGAAACAAGAUAAAAUGCCUAAAUAUAUUCCAUUUGAAGAAAAACCUCAAAAUGAAAUAAAAAUGAUUCAAUCGAAACCAUUAGAUAUAAAUGAUAUUCUCAAUUAUGUGGUAAUGAAAAAUCACUUUGAGUCAAUAAAAACAAAACCCAAGAAUAAACCUGUAAAUAAUUUUAACCAAAAGAUGAAAGACCAUUCGACACAUUACAUACCAGUGAAAGAAACCGAUUUAUAUUAUCAGAAUAACAAACAGGAACAAGAAAGCGACUAUCGAGUCAUGAAUUCUCAACAACAGCAGGAAUUGCGUGGACUUAUUAAAAAUUAUAAAGUGCUCCAACGUCAUAAAAAUAUGCAACAGCAAAAGAGUCAACCUUUGAUAGAACCUCAACGUCACAUAAAAGCAUUCCACACUCAAGGCUUACCACCUUUAGGACGAGCUGGACCUUCUAUGAAAAGCUACUUACCACCAACAUACUUAUAAAUGACAAAACCACUGUGAUUAAUUUAAAUAA